AUCAACAGGUUCCUUUAAAAAAAAAAACCUGAAAGAAAUUGAUCAUGGGGAGGGAGGGAGGAUUUUAAGCUGAGCCACGUUUUCCUGCUGCAUGGGGGCCACAGAAAUAUAUAUAAACGAGGCUUAAAUGUGUCGAGGUCCUGUUUGCAAGCUGCUACUUCCCCGGCUAUCCGAUUGCCUUCCCAGCUUCUUAAGAGUUGUAACGCCGCCGGUGCAAUGACCAAAUUUCUGUGCUGCACGCUGCUGUUAUUGGACAUCUCAGUCAAGUGGACAGUCCAGGAAACUCUUCCUCCAAAGUAUCUCCAUUAUGAUCCUAUCACCUCCCGCCAGCUGAUGUGCGACCAAUGUCCCCCAGGAACCUAUGUCAAACAGCACUGUACAGCGUCGGCGAAGACGGAAUGUGCUCCUUGUCCGGAUCAAUCUUAUGCAGAUGAAUGGAACAAUAAUGAAAGAUGUCACUACUGCAAUGUGAUAUGCCAGGAACUGCAAUACGAAAAGAUCAAAUGCACCAGCACCAGAAACCGUGUCUGUGAGUGUGUAGAAGGACGAUACCUCAACCUUGAAUUCUGUUUGAAGCACACAGCAUGUCCUCCUGGAUUUGGCGUCGUUCGAAAAGGUACCCCUGAAAGCGACACCGUUUGCGAGAGAUGCCCAGAAGGAUAUUUCUCUAAUGAUACAUCAUCCGAAGCUGCUUGUCAAAUGCAUACUAACUGCAGUGCCCUGAGUCUCAAACUGGUGCAGAAGGGAGACUCCACACACGACAAUGUGUGCCAGGGAGAAGACAGUGACAAAUUGAAUCAGCAAUGUGGAAUCGAUGUCACCUUGUGUGAAGAAGCGUUCUUCAGGUUCAUCGUGCCUAAAAAACUAUCUUCCACCUGGCUGAACACCCUCAUGGACAGUCUGCCUGGGGUGAGGAUCAGUCUUGAAAACAGAGAAAUAAUUAAACAGAAGAGUAGCCUGCAAGAUCAGACAUUUCAGCUACUGAAGUUAUGGAAAGAGCAAAAUAAGGGCCACGGUACAGUCAAGAAUAUUGUCCAAGGUAUUGAUCUUUGUGAAAAUAAUGUCUUAAAGCACAUUGGCCAUCUCAACAUCACCCUUGAGCAGCUCCAUAUUCUGAUGGAAAAUUUGCCAGGGAAAAAUGUAGGCAGAGAAGAAACUGAAGAGAUUUUUAGGAUGUGCAAAUCCACAGAGCCAAUUCUGAAGCUUUUGAAUUUGUGGAGGAUAAAAAAUAAAGACCAAGACACCAUGAAGAGCUUGAUGUUUGGACUGAAGUAUCUGAAAUCGUACCACUUCCCCAAAACAACAAUUCAAGGUUUUCGGAAAGUGGUGAAAUUCCUUCACAGCCUCACAAUGUAUAAAUUAUACCAGAAGCUUUUCUUAGAAAUGCUAGGAAACCAGAUCCAUUUGGUAAAAAUGAGACGUGGGUAGUUUUAAGUUCUCUGAUCUUUUAUUUGCCACUUGCUGCUAGCAAUAAUUAAAUGGGGGGAGGGGAAUGUUUUCCUAUAGAAUAAUGCUUAUUUAUAUUUAUAUGACUGACUGGGAUAGCUUAGACCAGGGGUGGGCAAU